GAAAAAAGAAAAAUCUAAACGCCAUUGGUCUCUCUGCCUACGUUUCCAUCCCUCUCUCUCUCUGACUCAGUCUUCACUGUAAAUCCUGCACAGUAAUUCUUUAGCAAUUCGUGCAUAUAUUUAUACGAAAUAAUUCGAAGCACUUUGACCGUUAAAACCCCUCUCCCAGGCUCAUGAUCAACCCAAAUCCACCGAUCGCUCAAGACCGAAGCUGAUUGAACGGUGAUAGGAUUCGGCGAUUCAAUUUCGUAGGGAGGGAGAGAGAGAGAUGUCGAAUUUUCAAGGGAACCACAACUACAACCAGAAGAUCGACUACGUGCUGAAGGUGGUGCUGAUCGGAGACUCGGCGGUGGGGAAGUCGCAGCUCUUGGCCCGGUUCGCGAGGAACGAGUUCAGCUUGGAAUCCAAGGCCACCAUCGGGGUCGAGUUCCAGACCAAGACGCUUGUGAUCGACCACAAGACCGUCAAGGCCCAGAUUUGGGACACUGCUGGUCAGGAAAGAUACAGGGCAGUGACCAGUGCAUACUACAGAGGUGCGGUGGGGGCGAUGCUAGUGUAUGACAUUACCAAGCGUCAAACAUUUGAUCAUGUGGCCAAGUGGUUAGAGGAGUUACGGGGCCAUGCUGACAAAAAUAUUGUCAUCAUGCUUGUGGGCAAUAAGUCUGACUUGGGGUCCCUUCGAGCUGUACCUACAGAGGAUGCAAAAGAGUUUGCCGAAAGGGAGAACCUCUUCUUCAUGGAGACAUCAGCCCUUGAAGCCACUAAUGUUGAAUCAGCUUUCCUCACGGUCCUGACAGAAAUCUACCGGAUCAUCAGCAAGAAGGCUCUUGUUGCCAAUGAAGAAUCAGCUGCUGUAGGAAGUUCAUCACUUCUCAAGGGAAAGAAUAUUGUUGUCCCUGGACAGGAGCCAGCAGAACCUGAACGGAGGUUCAGCUGUUGCACCUCUUCGUAGGAUUGUAUUCCUCCGACCUUUUCCCACGUUGAUUGCAAUUUUUACUGUCGGUUAAUAUCUGACAUGAUCACAAUUAAUCUUCUUUUUUCAGGAAUACUGUUGUAAAAAACCUUUUUUUUUUUUUUGAAAGAAGUUGGUGGUGAUUAAUCCGGGAAUGGAUUUGGUAUUAGUACAAACUUGCAAUACUUUUGAAAUUUAUUUACUUAAAAUCGAAUUUUGAAAUUUCAUGAC